GACAUACGAAACGUGCCGUCACAUGUUUCUUAUUUAUUUCAUUAAAAUGUGAUAAUUUUCUGCUACCGUUCUCAAGAAAUAUCUCAAAACGUACUGUCAGUGUCAGUACAGUGACUUUCUGAAAAUCUUCUCCCGAUGGAAUACUGAUUGACAUGAGUACUUCAAAAUUAGUACACUCGGAGAGUACAUCAAUAUUUUUCUACCAGAUUCUGCCAAUCUGUCUACGAUCGUUCGGCUGAGGCUUGGGAAGCGCAUCUGAAUGGCCACGAACAGAGGCGUAAAAUCGAGGACAAAAUGAAUUGGAGAAUAUUGAGAGUUGAAUUGGUGGAUGCAGUGAGGGAUGACGAACCUUUUCUCUGAGGAAUAGUUGAAAAACUGAGGAUAAAUGAUAAGAUGAUCACAGAAAACUACCGUUGGAUGUGACUGAGUGCGUGUCGACUGACUCGAUAAAAAAGGAGAUGGAAUUCUGGUUGAGGACAGCAUCACAAGGGAUCAGCAGGAAAUAUAGAACUGAGUCACUGGACAAUUAUCACCUGCUGAUCGUACGUUCGCACUUUUAUUUAUUUUCCCGGAAAUAUGGGAGGCAAUUGACUAUUCCAGUGCGUCACAGUUCGCCGAAAAAUUUCACUUUCAUCGAGGAAUACAUUUUUUUCAACGUCAAGACACCAUAAUAUGACUAGACUGAUUCAUUACAAAGAGAUUAUUCACCGGAUGAUGAUUCCUGGAAUAUUUGGGUGAUUUUUUCAGACAGCCCGACAUUUUUUCGGGAUUUUUCGGACAUUAUGUCUAGUGUAUCCAACAAAAUGAGAGGUCCAGGACGUCCCCCAAAGUCCAAAAAUGCGUGCACAUGGUGCAAUGAGACGAAGCAGCCGCUGAAGUAUGUCCUGCCGACCCAACAUGGCAAGAAAGAGUUCUGCUCUGAGACUUGUCUCUCAGAAUUUCGUAAGGCAUACGUACGCGGUGCAUGCGUGCAGUGCGAUAAUGUGAUCAGAGGUUCUCCAGUGAAGCUGGAGCAGAAAGACGGCCCGACAAAAGACUUCUGCUCGUCAUUCUGCCUGAACAAGCACCAGAAGAAGGAGAUCCAGGCAGAAUCAAAGAAAAAUACGAGUGAUCAGCCAUCACCAGCAGCAUCUCCUGCUCCUUCGGGUAUUCCAAGCAGUAGUGGAAUACUUCCCCAGUCUUUUCCAACGAACAGCAAGACAAAUGGCACUGGUAACCAGGUAAAUGCCUCACCCUCGACCUCGACGGGUCCCUUUCAGUACGAGACCUAUCAGACCUUUGACUGGGAGAUGUACCUCAAGGAGACAGACAGCACAGCAGCACCAGCUGAGUGUUUCAAGCAGCAUGCUGUUCCCCCGAGCAAUGAAUUCAAGAUGGGAAUGAAGCUGGAGGCACUGGAUCCACGAAAUCUCACCUCAACAUGCAUUGCAUCUGUCGUUGGUGUCCUGGGGCCACGACUGAGACUCCGAUUGGAUGGAUCUGAUAAUAAAAAUGAUUUUUGGAGGCUUGUGGACAGCAAUGAGAUCCACCCUAUUGGUCACUGUGAAAAAUCAGGGGGAAUGCUUCAGCCACCUCUUGGUUUUCGAAUGAAUGCCUCCAUGUGGCCCAUGUUUUUGCUGAAGACUCUCAAUGGAGCUGAAAUGGCGCCCGCCAAGGUCUUUAAAAGAGAACCCAAAACACCAAGGACAAAUACAUUCGAGAUUGGACAGAAACUCGAGGCAAUUGACAAGAAAAAUCCACAGCUUAUCUGCACAGCUACAAUUGGUGGGGUCAGAGAUGACAUGAUUCACAUUACUUUUGACGGCUGGAGGGGGGCUUUUGAUUACUGGUGUAGAUACGACUCGAGGGAUAUUUUUCCAGCUGGAUGGUGCUUCAAGAGUGGCCAUCCACUUCAACCUCCAAGGCAAAAAGCAACUGGCCCAAAUCGAUUUAAAUCGAGAAACAGCAAUGUUUUACCUGUGAUGGCGGUCUCUGGAAGUGGUGCUGGAGCUGAACCUGCUGUUGCACUUGUCAGUCCUGCUGGUUCGAGUGCACCACCUCAGCCAGCUACUGAGCCUGAUACAAGCACUGCUAAUAAUAAACCAAGAACUCUCGACAAUGUGACUGUUCACGUGAAUCAUAACUGUUCAUGUGGUCCCUAUUUUGAUCCGAAGAAGGUCAAGGCCCUGUCCUCGCCCUUCGGCCCAGGCUCAAUUUCCAGCGUCCUGAGAGAGGUCUUCCAGGCAUUUCUGAUGGCAGCAAUGAGUCCCAGGCAGAUGCUCAGUCUUCUGAAACGAGGGGAAGGCGAAUGCAUAAGUUUAACACUGGAGAGUAAGUUGACGUCAGUUAGGGUGCCAGUCUUCCUCGAGGAGGAGGAUUUCUACGUUUAUAUAAGGCGACAGCUCGAGGAGCUGUGCGCCUGCGAGAGACUCGUCUACAGGAGGCAGGAGACGUGCGACAAGUGUCCCAGUGUUCAGAGUAGCUCGUUGGAUCGGGAGGAUAGCAAUUCUGGAGCUGAGAAGAGGCGGUGGUCUACUGAGAAUCAGAUGAAUCAGGAUAAAAAUCAACCGACUGGUGAUAUUGUGGCACCCAGUGCUGCCAAGCAACAGAGGAAAUCUAUACCUGGGCAAUAUCAGACAGAUUCAAUCGUUCAUUGUUCGAUACAGAAUGGAAAUAGGCAAAUGAAAAUAGUAUCAUCGGAAAGCAUAGAAAAGCUCGAACCUGCGACGUCGACGACUCAACCAGAAGCUGUUUCAAGCAGAAUAACGUCAACAGAACCAGCAGAGUGGACCAUCGAGGAAGUAAUCCACUACAUCGCCAUCACAGACCCAGCAUUAGGAGUCCACGCUGAUUUAUUCAGGAAGCACGAAAUUGAUGGCAAAGCACUUCUACUUCUGAAUUCAGACAUGAUGAUGAAGUACAUGGGGCUGAAGCUCGGACCAGCACUGAAGAUUUGCAAUUUAGUAAACCGUAUAAAAGGCAGAAAACACGUCAUGCUAUGACUGUUACAAACAUCAAAAUAAGACAAAGUUUUCGUUCAAUAUUUUUUUCAUAAUAUUUUUAUUAUUCUUUGAUGCAGAAACUGGGAGAAAUUUGUUUUUUCAUCAGAAUUCAUGAUAUUUAGUUUUGAGAGCGAUUUUCCUAAGUGAAACUUUAGGAAUUCAUAAAUAUGUACAGUUAAUGUGUAUUAUAAGUAUGAAUCAAUUACCAUAACUAUUUAAUAAUUCGAGACAGUAGACUCCUGGUAUUUUCCCCUCCAGAAUCAUUAUUGUUUUUUGAAAUACUAAAAUGAUAAAUGAAUAUGUGAGAUUUAAUCACAAUUCUUGAAUAUUUUGGUGAUCUUAUCCGUUUUGCACAGUUGCUUCAGCAAUUGUGGAUUUUUGCAUCCCAUGGCCUAAUUUCUCCUCGAGAUGUACAUAAUUAAGUGAUAAUACACAUGUAACAGGUCAUUAUUAGGUAUUAGGAAUAAGUUUAGUUUCAAGGAUAGAAGUCUUGUGAUAGUUUAACUCAGAGAAUUUAGGAAUUGCAUUGUUCUAAGAAUUUUAUGUCAUUUCUCUUUAUUCAUCGAGUCGGGAAUUAAAUUGAUAAUAAUGUGAUGUGAAUUUUUGAAUUAAGGAUAGGGAUUUGCACAAGAUUUAUUUGUGAAUUAGUUCUUACCUGUACCAAAGUCAGCCAGUAAUUCAAGCUUUUUCACUUGAUCGAUGAAAUGUACAUAUGAACUUCUUUUUUUUUCUCUUUGUAUCGCGAAACCUUGUAAUUUCAUAAUAGUCUAUUAAUAUUGAUUAUUUCAUUCUUACAAUUUUUGCUUAAUAUUUUUUAUAGUUUAUAUCACCCAAAUUUGUUAAAUUUAUUAUUCCUAUUGACUUUGAUUUUAUUUCUUUGUUCGAUUGACGUGUUGGGGGGACUGGAGAUGAAAAUACGAGGGAUUGAGUUGUGUUGAGAUGAGAGAUGAAUAUUCACUGGAUAAAUCGAUGAAUAAAACGGUAAUCCUUGAAAA